AUGUAUCAUUUUCGACGGCCACAGCAUAAGAGAAACCCACAUUGUUUUAAGCAAGUUUGGGUACCGAUUCAACGUUCACCCCCUGCUUUCACUGUCUCAAACACCAUGGUGAUAUCCCGUUUGGUCACUUACCUCUUAGCCUCUCCUGUUCUUUUCCCGUUUGGUCAGAAGUCCUUAUGGAAGCAGUCUCUACCUUUACGUAGAGACAUGACUCUCUAUAUCUUACCUCCGUCAUAUCCCGCUUACGCAGGGAUUGGGAUUUGGGACUACUGUUUGAUGUCGAGUAUUGAACAUGGAGACUCUUUUAAUUUGACAAAGGAAGGAGAUUUAUGGUCUGAUGAUGAGCUUAAUAGUGAAGUAAAUGGAACCUGUGUUUCCCUUCGAAACUUGGAACUAAUAGGAACUUCAAAUCAAGAAGAGAACCUGAUCACAAUCGAUAUCCUCCCAGAUGAAAUGCAUGAGAAAAUCCUAUCCUGCCUCCCUUUAUCAGCAAUAAUUAAAGCUUCUUGUGUAUGUAAAAACUGGAACCAUAUUAUCAACUCAAAGGAAUUCAUCCUAAAUGAUGCCGCUCUCUGGUCAGAAAAAACCUGGUACUUCAUGUUCACUAGCUCGGUUAAGCCUGUGGGAUAUCUUUAUGACUCGAGUAUGCGAAAAUGGUACAACCACAAGCUCCCAUUCAUGGUACAUCCCACAUGGGACGUUGCUCCAUCACGUGGCCUUGUAUGCUUUAUGGAUCAUGUAGCCAACAAGGAGAUAUACAUUUGUAAUCCCAUAACACUCGAUUAUAAGGUUAUUAAAAUCCCAACAUACCCGGGUCUCCCAAAAUAUAGCACGUUGGCAUUCUCUGUUGACCAGUUAAAGUUAAAAUACACGAUAUCCAUCGUUCGGUCAACAAAAGCUUGGAAUGACCUUUCCUUGUGGGAUCUCUCAAUCCAUGUUUACAAUUCAAAUGAUAAGAUAUGGUUACCCCCUGUGAGGGGAAAAACAAAAGGGUGGAAACCAGGGAAAAUAAGUGUAAUUUGUGAUAACAUUUUGUACAUUUUGGUCUUAUGCUUGAGACGUUGGGAUGAAAUUGUUCCGCACAGGGUUAUCACUUACAAUCUUGAUAACACUGAACCCUGGAUUGGUGUUUUGGAUGAUGAAUCCCUAAUAUCACUACCUUGUGCGCUUUCGCAUGUGAGGUUGAUGAAUGUAAAGAAAAAGCUUGUGCUUGUUGGUAGCAUAGAGACACCAGAUAGUCCUUGGAAAAUAGAGGGUGUUGGCGUAUGGGUUCUCGAUGGGAGGGUGUGGACAGAAGUUACCCGAAUGCCCCGUGAAUAUGUUGUGGGUUUAGGGAAAUUAGGCGACGUUUUUGCUAGCACCGGAAGCGGGGAUAUGAUAUACAUACAGAGUUACAGAGGAACAGCUUUGGUUGUAUUUGAUAUGGUUACUAGGGAGUGGUUUUGGUCUCGCAAGUGUCGGAUGCAUAAGAAUAAGAAGUUUCCGCGUGAAAACCUUUCAGGAUUUUGCUUCGAGCCAGCAUUGCUCCAGUUCAUUAAAUAA